CUAAUCGCUAUUAUACCAUCUUGAUAAUAGCAACUACCACUUCAUUAUACCACGCGAGCCGCUGGUGAAUAACUUUCAUCACCAGUCUACAACUGCCUGCGGAUCUACCCAGCGUUUGUCAGUUCCUACUGGCUUCUCUCUUUCGCCAUGGCCCGGCAGACAGGCACCACCAAGCCAAAGGGCACGACUAAGCCAAGACACACAAAGUCGAGAGACGCCUUAUCAGCAACUAGUGGUACCAGCAAGAAGGACAAGAAGGAGAAAAAGCUUCCUCGUCUCGAAUUCACAGAGCGUGCGCUGGUUGCCGCUUCACGCCGGGAUGACCGCACCUUGGAGCUUCGGAUAGAGUCCGCUCACAAGGCGAGUGCCAUCCACAAGGCACGUACCGGAAAGGGAUUUUUCGUCUCAGAGGCCGGAGUGCUCAACAAGGAGAUGUACGAAGAAGACGCUCUUUUGCCGAGAUUCACAGCCAUGGGCUUGAGCGCGCCCCCCGGAUUUGUCGUCAACCCCAACACAGUGAGAGACCUGCUGGCAGAGUCUGACCGAAGUUGGCGUGAAAACGACGUCAAUAAGAUGUUUGCUCAGAUGUUUCCGCAUGCCGACGAGCACGCCCGCAGAUUCUCUCAGCAAUCGUCUCCUCUCCAGCCAUAUUCUCCCCAGGAAUACUCUUCUUCUAUGCCGUCUUCCAUGUCUCCUACUUCUCCGCCCCCGGCAUAUGAGUCUACUGCCACCAUGCAACUACCUCAGCAAUCUCACCACUUCCCACAAUGGGGUCCCAACAACAUAGAUUUCGCAAUGCCACAGACGCAGGCGCCGGCACCGACAGACAUGUUCCCACCCCUUUUCGAUUUUUCACCUUCGUCUGCGAGCGAUCAGUCCAUGUCUUCAAUGUCGACUCCCUCUUUUGGCGGCUCUCCCAUCCCUGAGUUUCUGCACAUCGACCCCACUCAGACGCAGCACGAAAUACUUCACCAGGAACUAUUUCCCGAGGCAGAUUCGGCUCUGUUUUGGGAGUAGAGAGUAGGGGUAGGGGUAGGGGUAGGAGCAGGAGCAGGAGCAGGAGCAGGAGCAGGAGCAGGAGCAAGAUUUUAAGCGUCAGUGUAUUUAGCGAAAUGUUUAUCUCGAGGAGUUCUUUGGUAUAGGCGGAGUUCUCGGUUUGCACGAGUACUCGGUGCAUCAGUGCAAAGGUGGAGUUUUGGUUACUACUAGAACUGGAUAGCAGAUGAUGCCUGAUAUGAGCAGGUUCUAUCAGAGUUGAUCGCUAUAUCAUAGUAGUUAGAUGGCGGCUUUUAUAAUGAUAAUGAAGCUGAACGCUCAGUUGCAAUAUUC